CCAAUUGUCAAAUGCCAAAACCAAAACAUUUGGUAAAUUAACGAAAAUAAGCAUGAUCUCAUUAAAAAACGUUUGUAACUUUUGAUGGAAUGUAGUGUUUCCUAUUAAUUUCAAUUAUAAAACAAUGCAGCAAUCACCGUUUGAAAAUAUUUUUAAUAUUAUUGGUGGCCUAUCAGAGGGUAAUGAGAAACCUAUGAAACAUGGUUUCUACAAUGCUUUCGCCCUUUUCAUCCUAACGAUUUGUUGCACAGCAGUUUAUGUGCUAUUUUUAAUUUUGGAACCUUUUUUUAAACCAUUGUUUUGGGCUCUAUUAGUGGGUUCUUUAUUACAUCCAUUUAAAUACAAAUUAUCAAAAAAAAUUAAGACAUGGUUCGAAGAACUGGAGAAAUCGAAUUCAUCUGUGAUAUAUGGUUUAAUGGUGAUACCGGUGGAUGUUAUAAAUUAUGCUUCCGAUACUGUUGGUUAUCAAUUCAGAGAUCAUUAUAAGACUGUCAUAGGACUACUGUCAGCAAUAUUUAUUCUACCAUGGUUAUACAACGGAAUACCACACAGUUUCAGCUGCAUAUUCUGGCAAUUGGUCAGCUUCAUAAGCUUCUCGACGACACUACUCAUCAAGUUGUGCAGUUCGUAUAUAACAAUGACUUUUGCUUUGGCAUAUAUGAUCAGCAUAUAUUUCCUGUGGAGUCCAUCUAGAUCGGGACUAUUCAAAGUUACCUCUCAUAUUCUCUGGCUCAUCAUUGCUAGUUUCUUGGCAAACUUGGCCGGCUCUUUCAAAGUUUAUGUGUUUGUACUGUUACAAGCUAUUGGUAUAACUGGCUUUGUACUAGAAGUCCUUCACAUACAUAAGCAUUUGUCACAAAAAGAUCCUGAAGCAUCAUUGUUUACUGCAUUGCAACAUGCUUUAAGCAACAGACCACUAGAAAAUACUGUUCUUGAAAAGAUUGAUGAGAACCCUGAAGAAUCUAGCCCUGAGGACGUGAGUGACAAAGAAAAAACGCCUGAUAUAUCGCCAGUGACCCCAGAGGUUGCGAAAAGGGGGAGCUGGUCAGAAAAUGAUCAAUUAAGAAGCUCCAGACAGGCCAAAAUGCUAUUUAAGACAAGAACCCUCUCAGCACUUCCAUUACAAAAUGUUAAAACGAAAUCUGCCUUCGAAUCUCGACUUCUAGCCUCAUUCAAACAGAGGUCCUUGGAUGAGAAUUAUAUACGAAAUAAUUUCAAUGAUGACGAGACCGCGCUAUACUUCAAACUUCUAUUUUUUGGUUGCUUUUGUAUGUUGAUAUGGAAAUACAUAUGGUUACUGCCAGUCAUGCUGUUCUUCCUAGCCAUCCACAUCAUAAAGAUAUCGCUCAACUUCUUUGGGGUUUGGUUAUUUUUUGAGAAUCAAUGCAACAACUUAACAGCUAAAAUUGGUGGAUGGUGGAAUGACAGAAAAUCUGCUGUCAUCCCGGCACAGAUACGAGGCAUCGGGAAGAUGUUGUCUCUGUGCAAUAAGAGUGUUAUCGAAAUGGCAUACGAGUCAAUCGAUACAGUGUCCACAUGUAUUGUUAUUACUGGUCUUAUACUGUUUGUCGCUGUUGCUACAAUAUUCAUUUGUAUACAGAUAUACUCUGAAGCGAUAGUGGUGGUUCAAUUAAGCGGCAGCCUAUUGAACAGUACAUUUGUACAGAACAGUGCGCUCCACGCUUAUUUGCCAGAGGGCUGGGAAGAGAAAUUAGACUCUCUUAUAGAUAACGCAUACACAUAUGGUAGAGAAGGAAUAUCUACCGGGGUGAAGAGCAUCCUAAAAGAGGGUGAUCCAGAGAAGAUAGCUCGUGUGGAACAACAGGUCCUGGAAAUAUGGGAUCGCGUGUAUCAGAGCUGGGUGUCAGGAAUGUUCGCUCAGAGUGGACCCCAGGUGGAUGGGUCCGCGGUACAAGAGUCCUGGGAUAACUUUGUGCUAGAAGCUGGAACCUCUGGAGGUGUGUUGGACUACACGGGUCUUGUGUCGUGGGUCAAAGCCAAUGUGGGCACGUUGAGCGCGAUCCUGUCCGGAGUUUGGGCGCCCCUGGCCAGCAACGUCUCACUGUUGGCUGGUUCCCUUGGCGCCUUCACAUCCCUACUGCUCUGUGGCGGGGGCGCUAUAAUCAAUAUGUUUAUUAAUAUGGUGGUGUUCUUCACGACUCUGUUCUAUCUGCUGGCAUCCAGCAACGCUCUCUACAAGCCGGUUGAGGUGAUAACACGUGUUCAACCGAACUUCGGCCCCAGGCUGGGAAUAGCGCUCUCUGUGGCCAUUAAUCAGGUAUUCCGCGCCUCGUUCAAGAUGGCGUUGUUUUACGGUCUCUGGACGUGGCUAGUUCACAACUUGUUCGGAGCUAAAGUUGUUUACUUGCCUUCAGUUCUAGCAGCAGUGUUAGGCGCAGCUCCAUUCUUAGGGCCAUACUUGGCUGGUAUCCCCGCAGCAUUGGAUGUCUGGCUCCAAGGUCGACCGAUGGCAGCCCUCUUGUUACCAAUCGUACAAGCAGCGCCUAUAGCCUUUUUGGAUGCCGCAGUUUACGCGGAAAUUAAAGACGGUGGUCACCCUUACGUGACGGGUCUUGCGAUAGCUGGCGGUAUAUUCUACCUAGGGCCGGAGGGCGCCAUACUUGGGCCGUUGUUGUUAUGCUGUCUGAUGGUAGUGUUCAAUCUGUCCUCGACCUUCCUCAGGGACACUCCCUCGGAAGAAAGAGCCGCCUUACAUUCGCGUGUCAGGUCGUUAUUGGAAUGUUUUUAAUGUGAGGUGUGUAUUGUUUAAAAUAUUUUGUGUUUUCACUCUAGUCCUCAUUAGCACAGCACUGUAAUUUGAAAAACAGUAAGUUGAUAGCAAAUAGUUAUCCACCAAUGCACAUGUGCAUGAAAUGCAUGAUAUUCCCGUAACAGACGUUUGUCCUUUAACCCUUGAUAUGUGGCUUAAAAAUAAUAAAAAAUUAAAGUAUAAAAUUACCAAGAAUAUUAAUAAAAACCGAAUGAAUGCUGCAUGAAGAUUUGAAUGUGAUUACAUGUCGAAAAUGACUCGCAUGAACCUGCGACCACCGUAGCUCGACCGUAACUAUCGCUUCAGCCAUCUGCUCCCUAAUACAUUGUUUUUGUAUGCAACUAUAACCGCAUGAUUAAUUUCAAAUCUAUAUAAUUAUUUUAUAAUCUGUGCAUAUCUUUACAGACUGGGUGCUUAUCUGUGAGCAUGGGCUAACACUAAUAUGGAGAGCGUCUUUUUUGUAAGGAGUCUUAGGCUUUCCAUCGGUCUGUAUGACGUCAUGCUGUAAUGAUAGGCUGUGCGAUUUCUUAUAUACACAUAUAAAACCUUAUUUUAUUAAUUUAUAGCUCUUUUGGCUUUAACAUGCUAAAUAUUAAUACAUUGACAUUUAAAUUGUCUACUUACAAGUAUUUCACUUAAUUACUAUUCGCUUUAUACCAACUGUGACGUAAGCAAUAUAAUGAUAUCAUCGUUUUACUUCGUAUUGAAAUGAUAAUUAGCUUUUGAGAUUUCAUUCAAUUGAUGUACUUUAUACAGCAUGUAGGUCCGCUAUUGCCCAAGAAGAAAUAUAACAGCUUUUGCAUAAUAAAAUGUUAGAAAUCCAAACGUGAUCUACUUUGAAGCUCAAUGUUACCAGAUCUAAUUAGUCUUAGGGAGUAAUGAAUGCUGGCAAUACUAUUAAUGCAUGAAGAAUAUACGCUUUAUGAGCCAAAUAUAAUUAUUUGUUAACAUCAAUAUGUUACAAACAAUAUGUGCCUCAAA